GUGUGUGCAGGUGAAGUGUUGUAAGUACUGGCCUGACGACACAGAGAUCUACGGCGACAUGAAGGUGACGUUGAUCGAGACUCAGCUGCUUUCAGAGUACGUGAUCCGAACCUUCGCUGUGGAGAAGAGGGGGGUGGCAGAGAUCAGGGAGAUCCGUCAGUUUCAUUUCACCGGUUGGCCCGAUCACGGUGUACCGCUUCACGCCACUGGCCUGCUGGGCUUCAUCCGACGUGUCAAGGCCAAAACUCCGCCCACUGCUGGCCCCACUGUGGUUCACUGCAGUGCGGGGGCGGGGCGGACAGGUUGUUUCAUAGUGAUUGACAUCAUGCUGGACAUGGCCGAGAGAGAGGGUGUGGUCGACAUUUACAACUGUGUCAGAGAACUGAGAGCCCGAAGAGUCAACAUGGUGCAGACGGAGGAGCAGUACGUCUUCAUACAUGACGCCAUCUUGGAGGCGUGUCUCUGCGGCGACACAGCAAUUCCAGCCAAUCAGCUGCGGUCGGUUUAUUACGAGAUGAACCGACUGGAUCCUCAGACAAACUCCAGUCAGAUCAAAGAGGAGUUCAGGACUCUGAACAUGGUGACACCGACACUGCGGGUGGAGGACUGCAGCAUCGCUCUGUUGCCUAGAAACCACGAAAAGAACCGCUGCAUGGACGUGUUGCCUCCGGACCGCUGCCUGCCGUUCCUCAUCACCAUCGACGGAGAGAGCUCCAACUACAUCAACGCUGCUCUGAUGGAC